CUGGAUAAGGUGGGUCAGCUGCUGAAUGGUUCGCAUGAAACACCUCAAGAGGUCUUGCUAAUAAUAAGCCAGAAUGGAUGAAGACAGCAUAAGAUGCAGAAAAGUGAGCUCAGAGCAAGGAACUGAUGAUGGGAGGUCUAUCAAGAGCAAGAAACCCAAAUCCACGAAUCUACAGAAAGAGGUGGGUUUGAUCAGCGGAAUCUGUGUCAUCGUUGGGACUGUGAUAGGUUCGGGGAUCUUCAUUUCUCCCAAAUCCGUGCUGUCAAACGUUGGGGCAGUUGGACCUUGCUUAGUCAUAUGGACAUCCUGUGGAAUUCUGGCUAUGUUAGGGGCACUGUGCUUUGCCGAACUUGGCACCAUGAUCACAAAAUCGGGAGGAGAAUAUCCUUACCUUAUGGAAGCUUUUGGCCCAGUUCCUGCCUACUUGUUUUCCUGGUCCUGUCUAGUUGUCACGAAACCCAGUUCCUUUGCCAUCAUUUGCCUCAGCUUUGCCAAGUACGCAUCGGCUCCAUUUUACCCGGGAUGUGACCCACCCGUAGCUGUCGUCAAGUGUUUGGCGGCGGCUGCGAUUUUGGUCAUUACUACGGUGAACUCUCUGAGCGUAAAAUUAGCGAGCUAUGUGCAAAAUUUUUUCACGGCUGCUAAAAUGGUGAUUGUUGUCAUUAUCAUUGUAAGUGGAAUUGUCCUCCUUGCUAAAGGAAACACACAAAACUUGCAAAAUUCAUUUGAUGGUCCCCCGCUUUCGGUGGGUGCUAUUAGCCUGGCUUUUUAUAAUGGACUCUGGGCAUAUGAUGGAUGGAAUCAGCUCAAUUAUAUCACAGAAGAGCUUAAAAAUCCUUACAGGAAUCUACCACUGGCUAUCAUUAUUGGAAUCCCACUGGUCACAAUUUGUUACACUCUGAUCAACAUUUCAUAUUUUACGGUGAUGACCGCCACAGAACUUCUACAGUCUCCAGCAGUUGCUGUGACAUUUGGAGACCGAGUUCUUUAUCCUGCUUCUUGGGUUGUUCCUCUGUUUGUGGCCUUUUCAACCAUUGGGUCUGCCAAUGGGACUUGCUUCACUGCUGGCAGGCUCAUUUACGUAGCAGGUCGCGAAGGGCACAUGUUAAAGGUGCUGUCCUACAUCAGCGUUAAGCGCUUAACUCCAGCACCAGCAAUCAUAUUUUAUGGUGCAGUCGCCAUCAUUUAUAUCAUCCCCGGAGAUAUUGAAACACUCAUCAAUUACUUUAGCUUCGCUGCUUGGAUAUUCUACGGCUUGACUGCGGUGGGACUCAUUGUCAUGCGCUUCACAAGGAAAGAACUUGAAAGGCCAAUCCGGGUCCCCCUGGUCAUCCCCAUCAUUGUGACCUUAGCCUCCUUAGUGCUGAUCCUGGCGCCCAUCAUCACAGUUCCAGAACUGCCUUAUUUGUAUUGUGCUCUGUUUAUUCUUAGUGGACUUAUCUUUUACGUCAUUUUCAUUCAUUUUAAGUUCAAUUGGGCUCAAAAAAUUUCAAAUCCUAUCACUAUGCACCUUCAGAUGCUUUUGGAAGUUGUUCCACCCGAAGAAGUUAUAGAAUAGCACCUGUUUUUCCAGUCUGUAAGAAGGAAGGAUCCUGAAAAACUAUGCUGCAGACAAACUGCAUUGGCCAUCAGGACCGCAGCCCUCUAAGCAGGAAGGUCCAUUUGCGAGGCAGCUCUGCUCAAAUCAAUUCCUUUUUUAUUAUUCUCGGUGCCUAGAAGUCAACUGUUGGUAAGAAAAUAUUUGAAUGGCGGCAAGGGCGGACCCCUACUACCUAAAGGUUUCUGGACCUGAGAUUUGAUUUCAACUCUGUCAAGACUGUGUAAUGGAAAGCAUUUCUACCUCUAGUAAAAAAAGUGAAGUGCUUUCAAGAAGGCGAGAGAACAGAACAUGUAGUAUCACAGUGCCCUCUACCAGCAAAUAAACACGAAACAAGGAAAUAAAAUCUCACUCAGGGAGGUCAGGCAAACGUGUCUUAGAGAUGUGCCAAAGGCAGAAGUCCAGAGGCUAUCUAAGGUAAGAAUACAACAAACAGAAAGGAAUGCAGAUCAAAGACUGGCACUGAUUCCAUUCCUUCUGAUAUGAUACUUGCUGUGGAAACUGAAGAACAAAUGCUUCAUGUGAGAAGAGUGACUGGCUGAGCUUCCUGUGGAUCAUUUACACUUGCGAAGCAGAACAAUCAUUAUGUCAGCAGCAUCCCUGCCUCAUCUGAUGGUAUACUGCAAGGUUCUCUCUCAUAAGGCCUGGGGCAGAUGGUUCUGCAGAACUGUGCUCCUUAAAAGAAACUCCAGAUUCUGGUCUUGGUGCAUAGGAGGUACAAGGGAAAGGUACAGCGGCCUGGGCAGUGGCUUAUAAGCUAGCCAGAAGCAUCCGAACAGCAUAAUCUCUUUCUACUCUUUCUACUCUAAUGAGGAAGACGGACUUGAUUGUGCCCCCUAAAACUAGGGAUGAGAAGUAUCUUCAUUGGUGGCAGGAUCCAGUCUUCCAUUUGGGUAAUUUAAAACUGACAGGGGUGCAAGUCAGAUAUCAUGAACCCAGCUGGUGGCAAGCCUCUGAUAAGACCUUGAAAACCAUUCCAGAGAUGCUGCCAGCUGUUCCGGCUCUCUUCUGGUUCAGCCUCAGCCCAAACUCAGAAAUCUGUUGGGAGUGAGCUCCAUGCGGGUUGGGUGGUUAUGUUUUUUUUAGGAGGGUGGGUUAGAUGGGGGAUGUUUUUUAAAGGAAAUGUUAGGAUCGUUUUAUAUGAUUGUAUUUUUAUGGUGUUUUUGGGAUCGUACCCUGCCCAGGGACUUUGGUGAUGGGCAGGUCACAAAUCCACAGAAAAAAAAUAAAUAUAGUGCAGGUUGAAGGCAUUUUAUAGCACUUUAUGGUCUGUGUUUGAGACAGUGCAAACAGCAUUUAACACUUCGAUAACCAAGAAAUGUCAUCAGUUAGACAAUGCCACCUCUGGCAAGUGGGUGCACAGAUAGUUGUCCAUCCCCUCCACUUUCCUUGGUCAGCUCUACACAUUCUCAAAACUCAACAACCUAUUAUUAUUCACUGUAACAGAAAUACUGGGAAUACCCUCUAUGUGUGUAUGAACAUUGUUUAUUGCUGAUAUGGAUUAGAAAAUUGUUUCUGCAUACUUCAAAAAAAAAUAUUAAAGGUGGAUUUUAAACACUU